GCAGUUCUGCCCAACCCAUCACUUUCCUUAAAUGAUUCAUCAAUGCCUUGAAUGGUUACUGGUGACUGGUUUUGCUGGAAAAGCCGGAUCGUUAAGGGGGAAUGUGAGAAUCUGGCAGGGAGCCGUAGGUCUACUUAAAAACGGUUGGGUCAGGGCAGGCGAAGAGACUUUGGAUUUCUAGGAACAUGGCUUAUGUAAGUAAAUACAGUUGCUUAGUUUCUACGAGGGUUUUGGUUUUCCUGUCUCUGUUUUGCUUCGCCGAUGGUGGAAAGCUGUUGGUGGUGCCAAUGGAUGGGAGUCACUGGCUCAGCAUGCACUCAGUGCUGGCGGCCCUCAGCCAGAAAGAACACAAAAUUGUCGUUGUCGCACCAGAAGUAAACUUGAACGUGAAGGCAUCUGAAUAUUACACUCUCAAAACGUAUCCAGUGCCUUUAACGAGGGAGGAACUGGGAGCAAGCAUGCAUUCAUUUGUGAAUGAUCUUUUUGAGAGAAGGCCCUUUCUUCAAAGAAUUACUGCGCUUUAUGAAAAAGUUCAGGUCAUCUCCAGUGUCUAUGCCUCCUCCUGUACCAGUUUACUGCACAAUAAGGAUCUGAUGCAAUAUCUUGAAAGGAGUAAAUUUGAUGCUCUUCUCACGGAUCCUGUUGUACCAUGUGGACAAAUAUUGGCUCUGCAUCUCUCUGUCCCAUCGGUUUUCUUUUUACGGGGACUCCCCUGCAGCUUUGAUUUGCAGGCUACCCAGUGUCCAGACCCCCCUUCCUAUGUCCCAAGAACAUUUACAGAGAACUCGGACCACAUGACGUUUAUCCAGCGCGUGGAAAACUUAUUUCUGAAAUCAUCAGAAUCCUUUCUUUGCAAUUUUGCCUAUUUGCCAUUUGAACUUCUGGCCUCAGAUGUUCUCCACAGACCAGUAACAAUGAAGGAGCUCUUAAGCCAUGGAUCCAUUUGGCUUAAAAGAAUGGAUUUUGUUUUUGAGUAUCCCAUGCCGGUGAUGCCCAACAUAGUUUUCAUUGGAGGUAUAAACUGUGGAAAGAAAAAGCCAUUAUCUCAGGUCAGUGAUUUCCUUGAUAAAAUAUAUUAAGGUUUGAAGGGAAAAGGCUGUUUGCAAAUGCUCUCUCUGUGUGUAUAUAAUUGUCUACAUGAGUUUGUGGGAUUUAGGCAUGCAGUAAGGUAUACAGUAAAGACAAAGAAAAUAGGUAAAAAAACUGAGUUGAUUUUAAUUCUCUCCCACUCUUGCAGGUACUCUUCAAUAGCAUUAGCAGGAUCUGAGCAUUUUUGCUUAAACAAUUGUUUUCUUUGGACCAGGGAAGUAGUUUAUCACUGCAC